UCUUUUUGCGGAGAAGUAGAGACAAAAAUGGCCGGCAAAGAAGAUUAUAGAAUAUUUGUGGGAGGAUUAUCAUGGGAAGUCACUGAACGACAGCUCGAGACUGCGUUUAAUCGUUACGGAAAAAUCGUCGAGUGUCAGACUGUUCAAGAUCAAUUAAAUUUCAUUGAUUAGUUUAAGUUGGAUGGAUUGUUCGUAAUUCUUUUGGGUGCAGAAAUACUGAUGUAUAUGGUUUACGGAAGAUAUCGAAAUUAACUUUGUCGUCUUGUGAGUACUUUGCUGGAAAUUAUGUUAUUUGAGGAAAAAUUAAGAAGAUAAAUCAGGUUUUUAAGUGAUGAGCAUACGCAUGAAGUGAAACUUUAAACCAAUUUUGUUGAUUUAAGCAGCUAUCUGAUGAAUUCUUUCACAAGUGAUUUCAGUGUCACAAGGAUCAUCAUUUGGCCCUUUUUGGAAGAAUACUUGCCUUGUAGUUCAACUGGAUUCUAUUUGGACAAAGUUAAUUUGGACAAAAAUGGUGAAAGAAGAUCUAGUUGCACCUAUUUGAAGAUUUAGCCUGAAUUCUUGCAGAAUGCUGUAAAAAUGGUCUAUUUGGCAGCCUCUAUUAGCUUGGUACUAAGGUAUACUCAAGAUGUGUAUUGUAGUUGGCAAAAAUGUUCAUGUACGGUCUAAAAUGGAUGUGGAUAAAAUUUCUUGAGCCGGAAAAGUUGUCAUGUUACAUCUUCCUUGGAUACAAGUUAGCAGAGAUCUAUGUUAAAAUAUUUGCUUCUCUAAGAACUCUGAUGGACACAACCGUGAAAAUCUCCCCUUUAUCGAUUUGUGGAAAUCUACUUUUUUGUUUCAUUGUUUUCAUCUCUUCCACUCCCCUUUUAUUUGGAAAUUCUUCAUACCUAAUGCUCAGCCUGCAUAAUGUGCAUGAAAUUUGAACUCAGUCUGACUAAGUGUGAGAUUUUGUUCAUGAAUUUGCAUCCUUUUAUGGGAAGGAUUUAACUGAUAGUAGAAUCCUUGAGUAUAGUUUGUCUGCUCUGUAUGGAGGUGACUCAUGAUAUCCAAGGCUCCUUUUCAUCAUUGCAAAUAGGUUCAGUUCCUGCUUACUGGAUAGAACAAGAUUGUGUUGCUGGAUUUAUUAGCUUGGUGGCAUGUAUGAAUUCUGCUGUUGCUUUAAGAGAACAUAUAUGGAUCAGUACCCUCACUUUAUAGUUCACCUGCUUUGUGCAUAUUAAAGUUAUCCUGUUAUUGCUGUCAGUUUGUUUUCUUUCUUCAUUGUUCAUGUCCAAUGUUGUUGUUGAAGGCCUCAGAAGCCAUAAACUGUACAUGAUUGCUUUGAUGUUCCAGAACUGCAUUCUGCAUGACAGAGGACAGAUUUAGGGAUGUCUCAGCGCUUUCAGAAGCCUUCUAGUUUACUGAUGGUUCCCUCAUCUGUUAAAAUUGCAAAUGAGACUUAGUAGCGAGUUAGAGAUGAUUUUAGCCAUCAGAAAGGUUCAUCCUGUUUAGCCUGCAGCUGUUGGAUUCUUGUUAGCUGGUGAAACUCUUUCUUGUCUCUCCCUGUAUUGCUAGUUUUUCAUCCAAAUGUCACCUUCCUACAAAAGGGUUCCAUUGUACCUUUACGAGCACAGUGAUUGACAGUUUCAACAUCCAAAUGGUUAUAUUUGUGUGAGUAUAUAACCAUUUCAGGGUAAAAGAUGUGGUCUAAGUGCAUGUAGAUUCAUGACUGAAUAGCUAUGUGUCAGAUUUGUUUCUGGAAGAUGUUCUUUGUUCUUUUUGUCUGUUUUGCUGUAGGCAGAGCGUGAACAAUUUUAUUGUUUUCUGCCAUGUUUGAGUUAGUCAUUUUUUAAGCCAGUAACUGAAUGAUUAUCUUCUGAAGAUGGGAUCAAACUGAUGGAAAAGUUUUCUGUAUGAUAAAUAAAAUAAAGGUAGCAGAUGACUGGUCAUUAUCUUCUUCACUGCCAAAAGAUUGACUGUAUAACAUGUUCUGAUCUGGAAGAUGAAGUUGCUGUUUACAGUGCCCUGUAUGAUAAUUUGUGAGUGGUAACUUAGUGAUAUUCAGUAGAAAGUCCAGCAGUGGUGGCCAGCCUAGGUAAAUGUAGUGAUAUUAUCAGGGUUAAUUUCUGCAUAAAGUUUCAUGGCUGCUGCAUUGCUUUUCCAUUUUGGAACUUGGGGGCUGGUAUCUCAGAUUUUAUGGGAAAUAGAGAUUAAAGUUGAUUCUUGAUACAUUUAUUAGAUGUCAGAUACCAUGUGCAGAUUCUUCUUUUUCCUAUAAGAACUCUUUGCAUCAAACACAACGGAAUAACAAUCUGGAAAUUAUGAUGGAAAGAGAUACAGGUCGUCCACGCGGAUUUGGAUUUAUUACAUUUUCAGAUCGUAGGGCCAUGGAGGAUGCUAUUAGAGAGAUGCAUGGGCGAGAGCUUGGUGAUCGUGUCAUCUCAGUGAACAAGGCUCAACCCAAAGCGGGAGAUGACUUAGAUCAUGGCUACAGAGGGGGAGGGUACUCCUCUGGUGGCGGCGGCGGCAGAGGAUAUGGAGGAGAGAGACCUGCGGGGCAAGAUGAGUGCUUCAAGUGUGGGCGCUCAGGGCACUGGGCCCGAGAUUGCCCUUCAGCUGGUGGCCGAGGUUCGGGUGGGAGUUCAUUCCCUUCACGUCCUAGGUUUGGAGGGGCUGCUGCCACUGACCGUGGUGAUCGCUUUGGAGGUGAUCGUGAUCGGUUCGUGGAUGACCGAUAUGACGGUGGACGAUUUGGUGACAGGGACCGCUACGAAAGCAGAGACAAAUAUAGCCGUGAUCGCUAUGCCAGUGACAGGUACCCGCCAAGUGAAGAUCGCUUUGCAAGUGACAGGUAUGGUGGUUCAGAUCGUUAUGCAAGUAAUGGUUAUGGUAGAGACAGAAGCUAUGAGAGGGAUGCUGUUACACGAGGAGGCAGCGAUAGGUAUGGAAACGGAGGGCCAGCACGAAAUGACAGGAGCUACAGGAGUAAGCCAGGUCCUUAUGAACGGCCAAGCAGGGGAGGGCACUCAGCUUCAUUUGAUCGCUAUUAAUUGUCGGAUUUUUAUUAGCUUUUUGAAACUCAGUAGUUGCCUGAGGCUAGAUAUUUUGCUUCAUCUGUUAUGUAGGAUGAUACAAGUUUCUUUUCUCCCCCACUUUCUAAUUUGAAAUAUUUCUUAUCUAUGAAUAGCAGGAUUUGUGUUCAUAAUUUUAUUAUUUCUUUUA